UUUUCCUAUUUUUUCAUUGGUUUUUCCUUUUAGUACUUACUACCUCUACCUUAUUGGACAUUGACUCCUUAGCCUGAAAGUCUCCUCGUUUUCCUUCCUUGUUCAUGCUCUCAUGUUUCUUUUGUCCUUUGCUUUCCCAAAAACCAAUCAAAUGUUACUAGACAUACAUGCAUAAAUUGUAAAAAAAAUAAAAUGUUUUAGUAAGAGCGAGCAAGAAUUUGGACACAGCAUAAUGUCAGUGACAAUGGGUCUGAUCAACUUUCUUCUAAUUUCAGCCAAAAUUUUGCUCUCUUGUUCUUUCUGGAUAUUUUGCAGACCAUCAGUAACAUUGCUGUGUCCUUUAUAUGCAUCAAUUCGGGCGGUAGAAAGUGAUAAAGAAUCCAGCUACCGAAAGUGUCUUCAAUAUUGGGUGCUAUUUGGAUUAACCACAAUAUUGGAAUUGACUCUUGCGAAGCCUUUAACAGGGUUCUUGUUUUGGCGUUAUGCAAAAGGAUUAGCGUCCUUGUUGCUCAUACUGCCUCAGUUUGGUGUUGCCUCGUAUGUGUAUACGAAGUUUCUUAAGCCAUGUCUAUCCCCGAAUCCACGCAUAGAAAAGAUCACAGAGAAGAAUGAGUGCAUGGCCAUGGAGUGCAUUGAUUAUUUUGAUACUGCACCCCAACAGGUUGAACAGGAUGAAAAGGACAACCUGCAAAAUUUGGUCUUUUAUGAGGCUGAAUCUUCUCCUACAUGCAUAUGUGAUCGAACAAUUUACCCUAAGAAAGUUCAAAUGGAAUGGAGCUGUGCUCUCUGUCUGGUGAGCACUUCGAGCGAGAAAUGUCUAAAGCAACACAUCCGAGGCCGGAAGCACAAAUUAAAGGAAGAAGAAGAAAGGAAACACGAAAUGAUGUCAAGGAACGAAGCUAAAUUUGCUUCGAAGUUGGAUGGAAAUUACUUAAGAGAUUUAUUUGAGAGUUUGAACCAGUUGAAAUCUCUAAAGUUUGUGGAAUUAAGAGGCUUUCAUUUGCCUAUCAGAAGACCAUUUAGGUUCUGCACUUGGAAAAAGCCCGAACGUGGAUGGAUAAAGCUAAAUACGGAUGGAUCUAUAGACCGGAAAAGAGCUGGUCUUGGUGGUUUACUUCGCGAUGAUGAAGGUGUUCCUAUAUGUGCUUGUGUCUCCGAAGUUCCAUGUGAUGAUAUCUUCUUGGUUGAGUUACUGGCUAUAUGGAGAGGUCUUACGCUUGCUCUCAAUAUCGGGAUCAAAAUGAUAUGGGUAGAAUCCGACUCGAUGAGUGCAGUGAAAGCUAUAAACAAAGAGCAGUCACAUAAUCAGAAGGCUGCAAGCUGUCUCCAACACAUUUGGAAAAUCUUGAGCAAGUUUCAGAAGUACCAAGUCACUCACUCGUGGCGUGAAACAAACCGAGCUGCUGAUUAUUUAUCGAAGAUGGAUAUAUCAGGAAGUGACAUUGUUAUUUGGCCUACAGAUUUUCAGAGUUCCCUUUGUAAAAUUAUUGCAGAAGAUGCUCAAGGAAGCUUGUACCUUAGACGCUAAUCCAUUAGCCCAUCAAACAUCGCUAUUUAGGACGCGAUUUAGAAUCUCAAAGAAGCUGUUAUAUGUACAUCAGCUUUUGUUGCUAACACCGCCUGGAAAAACUGCAGGCUUGUUGUACAUUAUACAGGUAAGUAAUUUUUCGUUUCCAAAACAUAAGUGCCAACUUGUACGCACUUUGACUAAUCCACUAUGUACCUGCAACCUUCUACGGUAAUCUCCCAGUUGCAAAUGUGUUCACUACCUUGUAAAUAAGCUUCUAAUCAAAUUUGCCAUUCUUGCUA